UUUCGAGUUACGGAUCCGCUUCGAAUAUUAUCGCUUAACAGACGUAAUUGUAGGGCAUAAUUCACUUCCGCAUUCCAACGCAACGUGUAAACAAAUAUGGAAGACUUCAAUAGUUAUCAAGUCCCAGCGUUAAAGUAUUACUUAAGUACGAAAGGUAUAACAACAUCCAUGUACAGAAAAGCUCAUUUGAUAAGACUGUGUGAAUUGGCAAGAGAAAUAGACCUAGAAGAUAUAGAAACAAAAGAUGAUUACGUGAAUAUGGAUGUUCGUCGUAGAACUGUCGGAGACCGGAUGUUACCAAGCAUAAGCGAGGUUAAAUUAUGUGACUGGAAUGGAGAUUUAAAGAAGGUACCAGACAUAGACAUUGCUGAUGUUUUUGUAUACUUAAUUAAUAUUGGUUGGGAUCAAAAUCGCCUUCAUUCCUACAAAGUAGACAAGGGUUAUUUGUUGUAUCAGAACAACCAUGUUGACAGUGUUCGAAUGUGUCCAUUAGAUUCGGAUUAUUCUUAUGUCAUGUGUAAUACAACUCCAGAAACCCGUCAAUCGGAGGAUCCUUAUAGGACAUGGUUACUGGUGAAGACUGAUGGCUAUAUCAUAUCAGGUGGCUGCUCCUGUGUUGCGGAUGAUGGUUCUUGCAAGCACUGCACGGCCCUUUCAUUUGCUCUUGCAGCUUUUUGCGAUCGCCAUAAGGACAGGCAUACAGAGGUGGGGACAGAUGUGAGGUGUGUUUGGGACAAGCCCCGUAAGGAAAGUAAGCCUUGUCGUGUUAAGGAAAUUUGUUUUUCCCACAGGACAGUUCCACUGAUGCCAAACAAAGUGGAUUACCAACCAUGCCCUACACCCACCACUGAGGUUAACAGAGAAGUUGAGAAAGAACUGUAUAGGAUGUGUCACGGUACAGGUGCUCUUCUCUUACACACAUUAGACCCACCCUCAAAUGAGGAUGAAGAUCUUCAUGAAAAUCCGCCUGAUAUGAUAGAUGCUGUGACACACACAAUUCAGAGUGGAGAGUCCUUGAUAGAUUAUCUGAGAAAUGUGUUUAAUUCUGAUAUUAUUCAAGAAGUUGAGCAAAUCACUUGUGGUCAGAGUGAAAAUGAAUUGUGGUACAAAUACAGAUAUGGUAGAAUUACAUCUUCCUUGUUUUCAAAAGUAUGCCACUUUAGAGGGGGUAGUCAUGAUAAUUACAUCACACGUGAAAUUCUGAAUAUUAACUCCAAUGCCUUACACACUGAUGCAAUAAAGUAUGGAAGACAGAAUGAAAUCGUAGCUAAACAAUUGUUUUUUGACAUGUAUUCCCAUUAUCAUGUAAAUGCCAAAAUGAGACCUUGUGGCUUAAACAUAUCUCAGCAACAUCCAUUUUUAGGUGCAUCACCAGAUGCAUAUUUGUCUUGCAAAUGUUGUGGAAAAGGUUUAAUUGAGGUUAAAUGCUCUUACUCCCAUAGAAGUGACACACCAUAUGAUGUAGCAAGUGACCGUCAUUAUCAUUUGUAUAGAGACACUAAUGAUGUUGUCAAGCUUAGGGUAGAUUCACCGUGGUAUGUGCAAAUUCAAGGACAGCUUGGUAUUUGUAAUGCUAGAUGGUGUGACUUUGUGUUUUAUACAGACAUGGGUUUUAUAAGUGAUAGAAUUCAUUAUGAUGAAUCUUUCUUCAAUGAAAUUGUUAACAAGUGCAGCACCUUUUUCAUAAAUUAUGUUCAUCCUGCACUGCUUGCUAAAAUUUAGAAUGUAAAUUCUCGACUGUACUUUGAUGCCCUUUAGAUUAAGCUGUAUCAUGUAUGGUACACUGUAUUGUUUUUCUUUUGUCUAAUGGUUGAA